AUGUCCAAGCUCUUUGUACACGGCCUCUCAUGGCACACUACCGAUGACACUUUGCGUGAAGGAUUCCAGCAGUUCGGCGAAAUCCAAGAGGCUAUUGUUGUCAAAGAUCGCUCGACUCUGCGCAGUCGUGGAUUUGGAUUUGUUCGCUUCGCCACAGAUGCUGAGGCUGACGCUGCCAUGAGCGCGAUGAAUAACCAAGAAUUCGAUGGCCGGGUUAUUCGCGUUGACCGCGCCUAUGACCGUCCUCAACGCGAGAACGGCUUCCAAGGCCGAGGCGGCUACAACCAGCAGCCUGGCUACCAGGCCCAGAGCAACGGUGGCUACCAGGGCGGAUACCCCGGUGGUAAUGGUGGCGGCUACAACCGCGAUGCUGGCUACAAUUCAUACCCUAAUGCUGGAACUCAAGGUGGUUAUGGUUCUGGUGCUCCUCCAGCUUACGGCGGAGGUUACGGUGGUGGUGCUAAUGCCGGAUACGGCGGUGGUGGCGGUGAGUUUCCUUCAGUUUCUCGUAUCUACGUUCCCAUGACUCAGUUUGAUUUUUUUGGCUUACUUGGAGUUGGAAGGCUGGCGUAA